AUGGACUGGAACGGCCGUCCCGAGCACUCUCCUUCCCCUCAACUUUGUUCCCCUGACGCGGACGAACAAAGCGCUGAACGACUCACUGGUGACAGUGUAUCGGAUACCGAAAUCUCACGUCGGCGCUGGUCUCGCACGUCGUUCCAGUCAUCCGAUGUCGACGCGAUGCCGUGGCUCGGGUGGCUGUUCGUCUACGCUUUCGCCCUCUUCUUCUUUUCCAUCAGUCGGUGUCUCGCUCUACCGGCGCUGCUCGACAUGUACGGAAGUCCGAAGGACAACACUGCAGUGGUCAAAGUGUUGGCGCUGAGCGUUGGCUUCCUGGAAGACGUCGUCUGUGCCACUUAUUUUGCAACGACUCUGUGGCUCUUCGACACCGUGCGAUGCUCGUUGGCAAAGCGCGCUUGGGCAUCGAAUGGAAUGGCAAUCAGAACGGCUGGAGCAAUAACAGCGUUUGUGGUCUCGUGGCUGUUGUGUUUCGCUGCGGUGGCCCCACCCGUCAUGGACCUGAUGCUCGUCGUGUACAAGCAUAUGAGGUUCUCGUUUGGCUUGUCGGCCACUUUGUUUCGAGAGAGAGACCAUCUCAAAGCUGCUCCGAUUUCUACUCAGGAAGCCUACGCGGCAUACGGGACUGCGGGCUUCCUCGUUGUUAUCGCCACCUUCUUUGCACUUGUGCGUGUGCUAAGUAGCUGGGCUGACCUAGCACUGUGGAAUCCAACGCAGCUGUUGCAAGCCCCGGCGCGUUUCUUGAACUUGAAAGUCAGUGGGAAGUCAGUACAAGGCGUGAUGUAUGAAGCGGUGGCUCUGGAGGAUGGAUGUACCGAUAGCCCUACGGAUGCUGAGACCAUCGGAAUCGGCUCGCCAUCGAGUGGUGAAAACGUGCAACGAAAACACAAGUACUAUCAUGCUCUGCAAGCGUCUACCAUUGUAGUGGGACUUGUCGCUCUUCCGUCGAUGGUGAUGGCACUUUGUAGUGCGUGCUCUCCUCUCGUCGCAUAUAUAGCGCUAAAUGCGACACUGAACGAGUUAUUUAUACAGGCAUUUCAGCCUUCGUUCAAGUAUGUGGAGCCUACAAAUGUCAAUGGCGGUCAGCCGUGGAUCGAGAAAUAUAUCGAUGCCACAGAGCUGCAUGAGCGUUUUGGAAACAACACACUGUACCGACGCACUUCGGGCUUCCAAGGUGACCUGGCGUUCAACGUCAGUGUCGACGCCGCUGACCCGCCAAAUGUGCUGAUCAUUGCAGUCGAGUCGUUUCGGUUUCGCGACUCGCGCUAUCUCGUGGGAGAAGAGGACCCGUCGGACUUGUUCAGGAGCACAGACAUGACGAUUACUCCGAACUUUGAUCGAUGGGCAAGACGCGGCGUGGCGCUACGCAACAUUUGGUCGAGUAUGCCCACAAGUCGCUCGUUGGAAAGUAUACAGUUCGCCCAGGUUCCUUACCAAAGCGUUUGCAAAUCUGGUAUCACUGGAGGAAGAAAUGACACGAAGCUUUCAGGUGUGCCGCAGCUAUUUGCCGAGAAAGGAUACGAGACGUUUUUUACUACAGGAUCUUCCAUCACCCUAGACAACUGGGACAUCUUUCUUCCGAGCCAUGGCUUUGAUACCGUGUGGGAAGUCACUAAAAUGAAAGCGUUGGCAGAGGAAAAGCUCGGUAUCUCGGACGACUACUGGGAUGGUGCAGAGACUCGAGCACUGUACUGGGGCGUGCAUGACGAUCUUAGUUUUCAGCUUCUGGGAGACUUGUUUGUGGAAAAGAAACAAGAACAGAAAGAAAGGUUGGCUCGAGGAGAGCCAAAGAAGCCUUUGUUUUUGACGCACUACACCAUCUCGAGCCACGAACCGUACAAUUCGUGGCCGAAAUGGUAUGAGGAUGCCGACAAGCCCGAUUUCACCGAGCUGUACGAUGGUGAGAAGCACGCCGACCGAAUCGAGAGGUAUAUGAAGGUGAGGUACUUCACCGAUAUGGAAUUGGGGAAAUUCAUGGACCGUAUGGAGAUGGAGGGUAUACUCAACGACACUAUUGUUGUCAUCGUUGGGGACCACGGUCAGGCACCUGGGAGUGACGUUCCAAAUUUUUUUGAGGAAUCGAUUACACGCGUACCAGCUGCCAUCAUUGCCGAGGGCCGACUGGGUGAUAGCGUCGGGACUGUGAUUGACGAUGCUGCAGAGCAAUACGACCUCCUCAACACGCUUGCCGAUAUCACGGGAUUGCCAGAAGGAGGGUUGCAGCAAGAUGGCGUCGGGCGAUCUCUUAAACGCAAGAUCCCAUUUGGUAAACGAGCAGUGUACAGUAACGAUCCUUUGCGAAGAAUGUCCAUUGUCCGUGGUCACCAGCGUCUCCGAUAUGACGAAGUGAGCGAGGGUAUGAUGCUGCACGACACUGAGACUGACUACCACAUGACUACGAAUUUACUCCCAAGUAUGACAAUUGAUGAGCAGCUUGAAUGGGCAGCUUUGCGAGACGAUGGUCGUCGCAUUGCUGCUUACUACAAAAAGCGCUGGGAUGGAGAUUGCUUGCUUGCUGUCGAUUGCGACCCCUGA